AUGGCAAGUGUGACCUUGGCGGGAGUCGUUAACCCGGUGACGAUGGCCCUGGGGGAGGUGGUGCCCGAUGAAAUCAUUGCCAUGCGCCGGUUCAUCGGAGAUAACGAGUACCAUAUCUCCGGUAAGCUCAACGGCAUCCCCGCGGUAUGGGUGGUUGACCGUCAGCUCCAGUCGUACUGGGAGUCACGUGCCACGGAGGGAGACCCCGUCGCCGUCGACACCAUGACCAUAUAG